AUGUCUAGAAUUUCAGGAUUGAUUAACUGGCGACGUAAGCGCACGCCAUCCUGCGAACGUGCCUCGCCCGCUAAAGACGCGACAGUUGAAUGGUACAGUCGCUUCAGCGGAAAGGUUGUAGAGAAGACUACGUGCGAGCAUGACAUCGGCUUAGGUUUUUGCCGCUUCUACGACCCGUUACUUGGUCACAGAAGAGCCGCCGGACAGCGAGACCGCCAGCAGCCCUGCCUAACCAGCAAAACGAUGUCCACUCGAGACCUGCACAUACAGAUCGAGGAGACGUACUUUCUGCAUUGCCGCCGCUACGGGGAGAGUAUGCAGCGAGUCAUUCCAACUCUGCCGGCGCAUCCACCGGAGGUUGAGAGAAGUGGGUGGAUCGCGCGCGCGUCCUAG